CAAGUUUCAGCUAAAUGUUCGGCCAGAACAAAUCAUUCGGCUCAUCGAGUUUUGGCGGUGGCAGCUCUGGGAGCGGUCUAUUUGGACAAAACAACCAGAACAAUCAAAACAAAGGAUUGUUUGGUCAGCCAGCCAAUAACAGUGGAACUACUGGCCUUUUCGGGGCGGCACAGAACAAGCCGGCAGGAUCAAUCUUCGGAGCGGCCAGCAACACUUCCAGCAUAUUCGGAAGUCCGCAGCAGCCUCAGAACAACCAGAGUUCAUUGUUCGGUGGAGGGCAGAACAAUGCCAACAGAAGUAUCUUUGGGUCAACUUCUUCAGCAGCUCCCGCAAGCAGUUCCCUAUUCGGUAACAACGCUAACAAUACUGGAACCAGCAGCAUUUUUGGUUCCAAUAAUAAUGCACCAUCUGGUGGAGGUCUCUUUGGAGCAUCGACCGUAUCUGGAACCACUGUUAAGUUUGAGCCACCGAUCAGUUCUGAUACUAUGAUGAGAAAUGGGACAACUCAGACAAUUUCCACGAAGCACAUGUGCAUUUCUGCAAUGUCGAAGUACGAUGGAAAGAGUAUUGAAGAGCUCCGAGUGGAGGAUUACAUUGCAAAUAGAAAGGCUCCCGGAACAGGAACGACUUCCACUGGCGGUGGGCUUUUUGGAGCAUCCAACACAACAAACCAAGCUGGAAGCAGUGGGCUUUUUGGAUCAAGUAAUGCUCAACAGAAGACUUCUCUGUUCGGGGGAGCUUCGACGUCAUCUCCAUUUGGUGGGAACACGAGCACAGCAAACACUGGAAGUUCAUUGUUCGGUAACAACAACGCCAACACGUCUGCUGCAAGUGGAUCUCUUUUCGGAGCUAAACCAGCGGGCUCGUCACUGUUCGGAUCUACAGCUACAACAGGAGCUUCAACAUUCGGUCAGACAACUGGAUCGUCUCUUUUCGGCAAUCAACAACCACAGACGAAUACUGGUGGAUCGUUGUUCGGGAAUACACAGAAUCAAAAUCAAUCUGGGUCCCUGUUCGGCAACACGGGGACGACUGGUACCGGACUCUUCGGCCAAGCUCAGCAACAACCACAGCAACAAUCGAGUGGAUUCAGUUUCGGAGGUGCCCCAGCGGCGACAAAUGCUUUCGGUCAGCCGGCUGCUGCAAACACCGGUGGAAGUCUCUUCGGAAAUACUUCGACAGCCAAUACUGGCAGUUCGUUAUUUGGUGCGAAGCCUGCAACAAGUACCGGCUUCACAUUUGGAGCCACUCAGCCAACAACUACAAAUGCCUUCGGUUCCACAAAUACCGGAGGUGGAUUGUUUGGAAACAAUGCAGCAAAGCCAGGUGGUUUGUUCGGAAAUACGACGAAUACUGGAACAGGCGGCGGUCUCUUUGGUUCCCAGCCACAAGCUUCUUCAGGAGGACUGUUUGGUUCAAACACUCAAGCUACACAGCCGUUGAAUACUGGAUUCGGAAAUCUUGCUCAACCGCAAAUUGUAAUGCAACAACAAGUGGCCCCGGUACCUGUGAUUGGCGUUACGGCUGAUGUCCUCCAGAUGCAAGCAAACAUGAAGUCAUUGAAGUCGCAGUUGACAAAUGCGCCGUAUGGUGAUUCACCACUACUCAAAUACAAUGCGAAUCCAGAAAUUGAUGGGAAGUCUUCGCCGGCUAGUACUCAACGACAGCUGAGAUUCCUUGCUGCGAAGAAAGGCGCUCUGUCAUCGUCUUCUGAUGCACAAGAUUCGUCGUUUAUCAUUCCACCAAUCAGCAAAGUGAUGAGUGAUCUUUCUCCAGCAGUUACCAGGUCAGCCGAUGUCACCAAAGAUUUGAACUACACUUCCAAAGAAGCGCCACCAUCACUUGCUCGCGGACUUCGAAACAGCACAUUCAAUCCGAAUAUGUCGCUGACAAAUCGAAGUGUUCACGAAUCAAGUGCCCUCGACAAAACUAUCGACUCAGCUCUGGAUGCUUCCAUGAAUGGAACUUCAAAUCGUCUUGGAGUUCGUGGAUCCGUGAGAAGAUCGAAUUUGAAGCAGUUGGACAUGUCUCUGCUCGCAGAUUCUUCGAGAGUUGGAAGAGAAUCCCGUGUAGCUGAUCCAGAUGCUCUUCCUCGAAUCUCUGAAUCCGAAAGACGUCAAGACGUUGUCACUUCCACUCCAGCAGUUGACCCCGUUCAGGCUGUAAUCCAGAGACAUAAUGACAGAAAUAGAGAUCCACCAUCGUUGAACUUGGAUACGACAUGCGAUGAGCACACUGGCUUGGAGCCGGUGUCUGCUGCAACUAGUUCAGCAGCAUCUGUUGUGUCGACGCCUUCUGAAGAAACUGUUAAUGUCAAUUCGGCAGCAGGAGUGAAGCUUACAAAGCCCGACUACUUUUCUCUUCCGACAAUCAAUGAGAUGAAGAACAUGAUCAAGAACGGACGUGUUGUGUUGGAGGAUGGAUUGACAGUUGGAAGAUCGUCGUACGGAAGUGUCUACUGGCCAGGACGAGUCGAGCUGAAAGAUGUUGCUCUCGACGAGAUUGUUGUAUUUCGUCAUCGCGAGGUGACGGUUUAUCCGAAUGAAGAAGAGAAAGCUCCAGAAGGUCAAGAACUGAAUAGGCCAGCAGAAGUGACACUCGAAAGAGUAUGGUACACUGAUAAGAAGACCAAGAAAGAAGUGCGAGAUGUCGUGAAACUCUCCGAGAUUGGUUGGCGCGAGCAUCUCGAGAGACAAACGAUUCGGAUGGGAGCCGCAUUCAAAGAUUUUCGUGCAGAAACUGGAAGCUGGGUCUUCCGUGUGGACCAUUUCAGCAAGUAUGGAUUGGCCGACGAUGAUGAGCCAAUGGAUGGGUCCCCUCCACAGCAAGCACUACAGGCAUCUUCUCCAUUACAAGUGAUCGACAUGAAUACAUCUGCUCGAGACGUGAACAAUCAAGUGCAAAGAAAGAAGGUGCACAAGGCAACGGAUGCUCACCAUCAAGAGAUAAUUCUGGAACGAGUUCCGGCACCUGCUGCAUUAGGUGAUGUUGUGCCGAUCAUUCGUCGUGUUAACCGAAAAGGUCUUGGUGGUGGAACAUUGGAUGAUAGUCGAGAAGAAUCAUGCAUCGGAAAUAUGACCACCGAAUUCAAUGAAAGUGGUCAUGAUUCAAUUAUUGAAGAAGGUCAGCAGCCGGAAAAGAAGCCGAAACUUGAACUUCUCGCUGAUUUGGAAUACGAAAGCAGUCGAUUCAUUCGCAAUCUCCAGGAACUGAAAGUCAUGCCGAAGGCCAACGACCCAGCUCAUCGGUUCCACGGUGGUGGACACUCUGCUAAAAUGAUUGGAUAUGGAAAGAGCAAACUGAUUGAUAUAGGAAUUGUGAAGGGAAGAAGUUCACAUGUCGGAUGGAGUGAAACUGGAUGUCUUGUGUGGUCAGCUCAACCCCGACACAAUCAAGUACUCUUUGGGACAAUUGAUAGAACAUCGGACGUGAAUGAGAACACGCUAAUCUCAAUGCUUGAUGUGAAUGUUCAUGUAUCUGAAACCAGUCGCAAGGGUCCAUCUUCACAAUCCAACUCGGUUAAAUCUUCGCUCACUUCUAACUUCGUCACUUAUUCUGACUCAUAUUCAUCCAUGUUUGCCAAGUACAUCGAUGUCGCUCAAGCUGGUGGAUAUGAUGGACAUGUUUCUGUUUGGAAGUUGAUAUCUGCUCUAUUCCCAUAUGAACGUCGAGAAGGAUGGUCUUUCGAGCGUGGUGAAGAAAUUGGAGAAUGGCUUAGAACAGAAGCAGUGAAGUCUGUUCCAGACGAUAGAAGUGCGGAUACAUCUUCAAAUGGUGUUUGGAAUCAACUCUGUCUUGGAGACAUCGAUAAAGCUUUUCAAAUUGCGAUUGAUAAUAAUCAGCCACAGCUUGCUACGAUGCUUCAGACUUCUGCUGUGUGCCCAGAAGCUACUGUUCAUUGCUUUAAAGCACAACUUGACAACUGGAAGAAAUGCGAAACUCUUCAUUUGAUUCCGAAGGAAACUCUCAAAUGCUAUGUUCUGAUGUCAGGACUAUCACACUACGAAUGGGAUCAAGACGGAAAGAAUCAUUCGAUCAACUGUCUUGAUGGACUCAAUUGGAUUCAAGCACUCGGUUUGCAUGUCUGGUAUCUUCGUGCAUGGACUGGUCUAGAAGAAUCUUACGAUGCUUAUCAGAAAGAUGUCAAUGCUGGCCGUGCCGCUUCUAAUCGUGGAGAUCUGCCCGGAGAACUCAUCAAAUUGGCAUGUGAAUCACAGCACUCAGUGGAAGUUGUACUUGACUGUGCAGCUGGAGAAAAUCCCAACGAUUAUUUCCUUCAAUGGCACGUAUGGAGCUUGCUCUAUUCGGUUGGAUACCGUACAAUGUCAAAGACUUCGGAAACAAGACUUCACAGAAACUAUUCAUCUCAAUUGGAAGCAUCAAGUCUCUCAAAAUAUGCAUUGUUUGUUUUGCAGCACAUUGAUGAUGAUGAAGAAAGAUCAACAGCAGUUCGUUCCCUCCUCGACCGUAUUGCUCGUUUCACCGACAAUGAUAUGUUUGAUUCUAUUUCCGAACAGUUCGAUAUUCCUUCGGAAUGGAUUGCUGAUGCUCAAUUCUCAAUUGCAAAGUCAGUCGAUGAUUCUACCCAACUUUUCGAAUUGGCUGUGGCUGCAAAGAACUAUCUGGAAAUUUGUCGCUUAUUUGUGGAUGAUAUUGCACCAACUGCAGUUGUAGCUGGAGAUCAUGACGCUCUCAAAGCAGCAUGCGCGAUGGUUCGUCCUUUCGAAAAUCAGAUUCCCGAGUGGGGUGCGACUGGAAUGGUCUACACUGAUUAUUGCCGAUUGAUCAAUUUGAUCGAAAAUGAUGCGGAAGAAGAACUCUUACAGGACGUGCUUGAAAGUCUGGAAACUCGUCUACAUGCUCCUACAAUCAGCAAGAACAGUCUUCAAAAGCUCUCUCUUCAAACAAUUGGACGUGUUUUGUUCGAGUACCGUGCUGAUAAGAAUACACUUCCAGAGUGGACAAAGCUUCUCGGACAUCGGCAAAUGUUUAAGAUCUUCCGUGAUCGUUCGUCUUGGGGAAUCGAAAGAUUCACAAUUGAAUUUGACUAGACUAGCCACUUUUUAAUUUAUUCAUUUUUCACCUGAUUCUAAUUUUAUUUUUUUUAUUUACAUUUUCCUGCCCUCUCCGUCUGUCUUCCUCGUAUAUCAUCAUUUCCCGAAUCGUCUUUUUAUUACUAUGAAUAUGAACUUUUUGUAGGAUGUUAUUACUGUUGUGUUCUAUUCACAUGAGAAAACUAGUACAGAAAUUUAGAAAUCAGCAAAACGAUAAAUUGAGUACUCGAAUUUAAUUUAAAAUUCAAUUUCCGACCACGCGAUGAUGUUAAUCUAGUACAUCUUGAUAAAAGUUGCUAAAUAAAUGGAAAGUUUUCUUGAAU